AGGGGUAUCGUCUAGCGAGCUUACAACAUGAAACCGAGGCAAGACCUUCAGGCUGAGAAGGACGUGCCGCUAAACAGAAUAUGGCCGUGACUUCUGCCUUGAGGAGAGGAAAGAUGCUGUCACUGCUGGAGCAGCUGGCUGCGGCAACUCGUUUGGCAGAGAAUGAUGAAAGCAUCCAGUUACUGACGAACGUCCUCUCGGAGGCUAAAGCAGUGAAAAAAAGCAGUUCAGCAUGCGCGAUUCAAAGACGUCACUAGAAUUCCAUCAACGGCAUGAUAGAACAUUCAUGGAAUAGCUGGCUUCGGCUGUGUUAUCACUAGCACGAUAUUGCUAUUGUCUUUGCCCUAGCAUGCCGCUUUUGUCACUGCUUGUUGUCUGUAUUCAUCUCGACGUCUAGCUGUGCUUUGCCUCGCAAUCAUUCGACGCUAUUUCUUAUAUAAUUCUCGCUAUUUUACUUGAUGUGUCAUCACGAGGACCUAUUAUUCGUGAAUAUCAUUGUACAAGCCAUGUAGCCUUUACAACUUCCACCUCGUCAGACAUCGCACCCUUCCCAAGUCCGAAAACUGUGUCUCCCAUGAAGUGCACCCGCAACUUCUCAUAGUAGGAUGGAACUCACCCACCCAUUUCUUCACAGCAAAACACAAGUCAAGCUUCUGAGUGGGCGCGGUGGCGUCGACCUAAGGUGAAAGGUGUGAAGUGUGAACCGAUCCAACGAGAGGCGCAGCAUGUCGCGACUUGACAGUGGGUCUUCAAGGAGUAUUCGCGCAUCGCGCCCUCAAAGGUCCAGUUGCGCAGUUUGGACGUCUACCAAAGAACAGCGUACAACGAGGCUGGUGGCGCAUUCUAUCCAAGUCCGCCCCUUCCAUGAAGUGCACCCGCACUUCCUCCCGGUGGAAUGGAAGCCAUUUCACCCAUUCCUAUGCUCAUCGUCAGUAAAGCCCCCUGCGGAAUCAGUCGUGCAAGACAUGCCGCUCGUACAGUUCAGAAUCUUUCUACACAGCAAAACAAGAGUCUGUCUUCUCUGUGGGCGCGAUAGCCUCAAAGUUGAGUGAAAAGUGUGAAGUGAUUCCCAUUUAACGAUAUAGCGCAGCAUUUUGGGCCUUGACAGCUGAUUUCGCUGUCAAAGCUAGGCAAUGACGCCUCCGAAGGUCCAGGUGACCGC